UACCAUUACUUAUAUCAUUGAUAUUAUUACUACUUUACUUUAGUGAAUCUUAAACGUGGACGAUGUUUCUUGGAAGCCUUGAAAACUACGUGUGAGGACUGAAUCGUUCCCAUUUAUCUCCCGCUUCUUGAAUUUGAACAUGAAAUAAGAGAGACGAAUUACACGAGUUAAGCUGGUCAGUGAGACCGCCAACUCAAAAUUUGAAUAUAAACGGCUAUUGUUGACUCCUGACAUACAGUUGGCACUUGACAUACACAACGUGAGUACAUGCAACAUUUUUGUUUCUUUUCAUACUUUGAUCUCUAUUCAGUCAUGCAAACUGCUUUCUUUAUUUGAUCAAUGCUAUUCAUUCGAAUCCGCAUGAUCAUCUCACAUGUAGCUGACGGUUGACAUGACGUACUACUGCGUUAAGACGAACGUGACCCUCGACGAGUUCUAACUGUAUUAUGAUUAGGGGUCGGGAGGCUGAAUCGCUCUAUAUUUGUGAUAAGCCAAAUUUUCCUCUUAAUGUGAGAAGUUGUCAAAAUUUUAAAAGGGAUUGUUUGUUGCUAACUUUUACUCAGGAAUGAGUGCAAAAAAUCUGAGUUGAAAAUGCUGAAAUACUGAUUAAAAUAUGCUAAAACUCACAGAGAAAGACCCUACUCACCCCGUCCUCCCAUCUGAAGAGAAAAUCACGUUUUUCUGUCUACAUUCAGUAAUUACCUCCUGCAGGCAUGGCCGGCUUUGACUUCACGUGUUUAAGGAUGAACAUUUUUUACGAGGUUAUAUGUCAUUAUGGUUGUAAACGAUUAGGCGUAUAGACCCCUAAAAUGCUGAAUAUUGUUACUAUCCUUGAAAAUGAAAGGUGGAGAUCAAGAUCCACAUGUAAGUCAGGAAACAAACCCGAACCCUGUCAAGCGCACUAGCCGGAAUUUAAGCGAAAAGAAGAGAAGAGAUCGUUUCAACAUUCUCGUCCAGGAACUUGCCGGGAUUGUUUCUCCAGCAGAUUGUCGGAAACUAGACAAAACAGCUGUGCUCGAACUUGCUAUUAACUUUUUACGGAAACAUCAGUCAAAAGUACAGUCUCAUCCACGAAAUGGCAGUGGAAAUGCAGCGAGUUGGCAGCCAUCGUUUGCCACAGACACAGAGUUCAACUUGAUUGUCACAGAAGCUUUAGACUCUUGUAUAUUUGCGGUCGAAAAUAGCGGCAAUAUAUUAUAUGCAUCUGACAGUGUUUUGCCUCUGUUAGGACAUCUUUCGUACGAACUAAGUGGAACGAGUUUAUUUGGUUAUGUUCACGAAGAUGAUACUUUGAGAUUUUGGACGAAGCUUGCCUUUGUCUACAGUGGCACUGACGCAGAAGCAGCCGGCGGUAGUAACAAUUUCUUUAUUCGCUUUAAAUGUGGACGUUUUUGUACGCAAAACACUUUUAAAACACUGGAAUGUAAAUUUGCAUGCAUUCGUCGUCAAAAAGAAAACGAAGCACCAACAUGUGUUGUUAUUCUUGGAAAGAUCGAACAACCUCAACCGAACAGAAUCGUCAUGACGUCGGACUGUACUGAGAAGGAAUUCUCGUAUCGUCUAACUAUGGAUUGGAAGUAUGUGUUCAUCGAUCACAGAGCGUCUUCUGUUAUAGGAUUUCUUCCGUUUGAGGUUCUGGGUACUUCUGUAUAUGAGUACUGUGGACCUGAAGAUAUCUUCAAUAUUUCUCAGUAUCACAAGUUUCUUCUCCGUCUCGGGAAGGUUACCACUUGUUACUAUCAACAUAGGACAAAAGGACAGUCUUGGGUAUGGUUGCGAAGCUCUUGUUAUGUCUCUUACAAUCAGUGGAACUCAAAACCGGAAUCAAUUGAUUGCACAGCCACAGUUGUGAACUUUGACGAGGUUUGUUUGAAUCAGACUGACACAAUACGACGCGAUAGAGAACACUUUAAAAGAAUUCUCGAAAGACACGGGGAUGAUUCUGUCGGUUCCCUCAACCCUUGGCCGUCGUCUUGGCUUUACGGUAAUGAAGAAGUUGAGCUACGUGAUGGAGGCAAUGAAUGCGAGCAGAAAGACAAAAAUGAAUCGGGCUUCUCCUCACAAUUUCUAACUCGAUUUCUCAAAUUACCCAGUGACAGAUUGAUGAAUACUUUAGACAAUCAAAGUAUCGGCGAUGUGGAAAUGGAAUCAGACGAAGAGCCAAAUGAACACCUUGUUUGGCUUGAAAGUGUGAAAAUUCCUCCUGGAUUAUCUAGUGUGCAAAUUGCAAUGCAUAUGAAACUUCAAGAGGAGUAUAAGAAAAUUGCCCAGCAAAUUAGACAGCAGGAAAAACAAUUGAAGACAAUUAGGAAGCUUAUUGAAUGGAGCCGAUUACUUUUGGAAUUAGAUAGGAGUUUUGGAACUUUUGAAGUAGAGGAGUCAUCAGUAGACUCUGAAGAUGUGUUGUCUGUUACUUAAAAGUUAUGAAUAUAUUUGGCUGAGUUAAUUGUCACAAGGUCGGGACAUUAGGACUGAUGAGUCACUGCAGCAAACUGCUUCAUGUGUUUCUUUCAAAGGAAGCUUUUCAGUAUGUUUAAAUUCAUGGCAAAACAUACUGAAAGGUUGCUGUGACCUUUCUCUGUGCUUUGUUGCUGUGUUGUGUUACUGUGUAUUUUGUCAGAACUUGUUACCCACAGUGUUACAACCAUAACAUUUGGAUUAACUUGUCAUUGUUUGUAGGUCUGCCUACGAGAAACAUUUUUAAAGUCUUGUAUUAUGAUGAUUUGCUCUUAAAUUCUUACUUUUCUAUUUGCCUACAGCCCGGAUUGACAGGUUGAGUUUCAAUUUAAUGGCCUUUUUGAUCAUGUUACACACACCUCAGCUGAAGCUGUUGGUUUUCACUAGUUUAACCUUUUAAUUUAAAACUUCAAUGUGCAUCUCUCUUCUAGCUGCCAUAUGUUUCCUUCUGAAUAAGUUUAGAGAAUUUGGUGUUUUAUCAAGUUGUCAUGCUCUAGCUGAAAUGUAUGAUCAUUCUCAGUGUAUGUUUGCUCAGCUGGAUGGUGUCUUAAUAUUAUGGGAGGGGGACUUUGUUGAUGAAUCACUUCUGAAAGUUAAAGGGAUGACUGCUCACCCAUCUUUCCUUCAAAUUUUUUUCCAGUCUUGAAAGGAUACUUCAAAAUAUAAGAUGAUACAUCUUUAA